ACAACAAACCCCCUUACCUUCCAAUUCCCAAAAAGAUACAGUACUGAACUAUGAAGGUUGAAUGAAGUUCAACAACCAACAUUAACAUUCCAUUCAUGAAUUCAACCAAUCCUCACCAUCCUGGGCCUCACUCACUUCUCUGCUCUUGACCCUCUCCUCAUUGCCCUUAUAGCCACCAUUUUCUGAUUGUCCUCAAUUCCCCUCCUUCUUCAAUCCAUGGCUGUCUUUGAACCUAUCAAACACAGCAGCUUUUGUUUCAUAUCCUUCGAAUCCCCAUACCCUUUUGUCCGAUAAAUCUAAAGUUUGCAUCUUUACACUCUAUUCACCUUUUCGUUGAUUUGUGUCUGUGGGCUGAGAACAGAAGAUGCAGCUUGAUCUGGAAUCAUUGUCAGAAGCUACUUCUGGUGCCAUUGGAUCCCUUGUUAGCACCACUGUCUUGUACCCACUUGAUACUUGCAAGACCAAAUAUCAAGCUGAAGUACAAGCUAAGCAUCAGCGAAAAUACAGGGGAAUUUCUGAUGUUUUAUGGGAAGCAAUUGCUAAACGUCAGGUGCUUUCAUUGUGCCAAGGCCUUGGGACAAAAAAUGUCCAGUCCUUUGUUUCGUCCUUUAUUUAUUUCUACGGAUACAGCUACUUUAAGAGGCUAUAUUUGAUAAGAAGUGGAAACAAGAACAUUGGAACGGUAGCAAACUUGAUUGCUGCUACUGCAGCUGGGGUCUGUACAAUAUUAAUAACACAGCCCUUAGAUACUGCAGCCUCAAGGAUGCAGACAAGUGAAUUUGGAAAAUCCAAGGGAUUCUGGAAGUCCCUUUCAGAGGGUACGUGGAGCGAGGCAUUUGACGGUCUUGCCAUAUCUAUUCUAUUAACAUCAAACCCAUCAAUUCAGUAUACUGCCUUUGAUCAGCUGAAACAGAGAAUACUAAAGGACAAGAUGAGCAAGAAAACAGAUACAAAGUCAUCCCCAGAAGCACUUUCUUCAUUUUCUGCUUUCAUGUUGGGUGCAGUUUCAAAAUGUGCAGCUACAUGCCUGACUUACCCAGCCAUCAGGUGCAAGGUUAUGAUUCAGGCUGCUGAUUCAGAUGAUGAUAAGAGGACAGAAGCUGAGAGGAAAGCACAGAGGACAAUCUCUGGAGCACUCUAUACUAUUUGGAGAAGAGAAGGUCUUUUGGGAUUUUUCAAUGGAUUGCAGGCGCAGAUAUUGAAAACAGUUCUAAGCUCUGCAUUACUUAUGAUGGUAAAGGAGAAGAUCACAAAGUCCUCAUGGAUUCUGAUGCUCAUGAUCGGAAGAUUACUAUCUGUCAAACACCCCAAGUUGAAAGCAGCUUGAAUUUGUGAUGAGUAUAUUCUGAAUAAUUUCUCAUCCAAGAAUAUUGCUAAAAUAACUUUGUCUACUCUGGAGGAAAAUAAUGGUAGAUGCAAGAAAUGCGAGUAUUGCUAGUGGGUAGGGCUUAAGAUUUCUUUUCUAAAGAAUGAAUGUGAAGAAAUAAAUUCAGAUCUACGGAGUCUUUCUCAUCAUCUAAUACGUUUUCUGUUAGUACUGUGUUAUGCACCUGCAAUUGGACUUGUGAUUUAUCAUUUGGCAAAGGACAAAGUUCCAGUUCCAGAGUAAAAAAUGAUAUUAUUUGUGACAA